AUGCCGGCCAUCAUCGACAAGAUCGCGGAGGCACUCCACCUGCGCAAGGAGGAGGGCCAGUCGCCAGCGUCUGAGGGCGCUCCGCCUACCGCGUCUACGAAGCAGACUGUCUUUGACAGCAAGAAGAUCACCGUACUGUACGUCCUCGGUGGUCCCGGAGCAGGCAAAGGCACGCAAUGCGCCAAACUUGUCGAGGAGUUCCAUUUUUGCCAUCUUUCUGCCGGUGACCUCCUCCGCGCCGAACAGAAUCGCGAGGGCUCCGAGUACAAGGAACUGAUCCAGACGUGCAUCAGAGAGGGCAAAGUCGUCCCGAUGGAGGUCACCAUCAAGCUCCUCGAGAACGCGAUGCACGCCGCGCUCCAGGAGAGGACGGACCAGCCUGGCACUGGCGACGCCUGGGUUGACGGGAAGGGCCGGUUCUUGAUCGACGGCUUCCCGCGGAAGAUGGACCAAGCGCUCGCCUUUGACGAAGACGUGUGCCCCGCGAGCCUGGUCCUGUUCUUCACGACGACGGAGGAGGUGAUGUUGAAGCGAUUACUGAAGAGAGGGGAGACCAGCGGACGGGAGGAUGAUAAUGAGGAAAGCAUCAAGAAGCGUUUCCAGACGUACAAGAACACGACGAUGCCUGUCAUCGAACACUACAACAAGCUGGGCAUAGUCGCCGAGAUCGACAGCUCGCCCUCCGUCGACGAGGUGUACGAGAAUGCGCGCGCCGUCGUCCUGAAGCUGCUAGCAGGAGAGGUUUCUAGAAACAUGACGCUCUGA